CACUCUCCUUGUCUCCUCGUUAAGAGCUUCCCGUGUUAGCAAGGGGUGCAGGAGGGCAACAGAGCGGGUACACCAGGCAACGUUGGCGGCGAGGCCAACAGGGCGGCCGAAGGGCAAGACACUUCAUCAGUUUUGGAAAGCUUACAAUUUUGGAAAAUUUGCAGCACUCUUGAUGAAGGAUUUUCCCAUUGUCGGGGUUAGGCAUCCUGUUAGGCUUAUGGAGGCCAAGGACUGAGCUUUCCCAGGAUGCUACAGCUGCCUUACUUCUGAGUUCCUAUUUUCUGGAUGAGUGAGCAUCUUCCAGAAUGGGUACAGGGUGGAGUGAAGUGGGAGUUGAAGGUGUGCCUCUAGAACUUGUGUAUCGUGUUCUGCGUCAUGUGUCCCUGCGGGACUUGACAACUCUCUCAGCCACUUGUAAAUAUCUGAGAAAUCUUAUUGAUGAGUCGCCUUUGCUCUGGUCUCAUGUACACACAAAGGAAUUAUGGCCUACGGAGGUGACGUGGCACUGGUUUGAGAGAGCAGCACUCUCGGGUAAUGUUGGCUCAAGUAUCAAGCUAGCAGUUGCUCUUCUCUACAAUGAAGGCGUGAUUUUAAGUAAGCCUGUUUUGAAUGGGGAAGUAGCUGUAACACUUUUUGAACGUCUGGAGUCUGGGGGAACUCUUGGGCCACGACUGCAGCUAUGGUUACUGUAUCGCCCUCCCUGGGGUACUCGACAACUAUGUUGCAAGCGCUAUGUCUACACACGGGUCUCUCAUAUUGCUCAAAUGACUGGUGCUCCAUGGGCCAUUAGAGUAUUAAGCCGUAUAUCAGAAGUUGUUGGGGAUGGAGGGGUCAAUAUUGAUCCCUUUCUUGUCAAUUGGAUCAAAACUGCAGCGCAGGGAGGCGACACCCAUGCCCGUCUUUUGCAGUGGUGUUCUCGAUACGAGAAACGACAUAAGGAAGGGACAUUGGAUCCUGGAACUGAACUGCAAGCUAGUCGGGAGCUUCGAGAACUCUGUCUCACUGGGUACUACCCAGCAGUUCUAACACUAUCACGUUUCCUUGCAACUACAAGACAUCCAAGCAACCAGUACCCACCGGAGAUAAGAGAGUUUCUACAAAACAGUCCACCGUCUCGUAUAUGGUACGCUCUUAAUUACCAACGGCACGUAACGCCCCACAUGCAUCACGUGUUGAUGGACUGGCUAUGUGAAGUUGCCAACAUGAUGCAUCAUACUUCACAGGUUCUACAUGCAGCUGCACAGAUUUUGGAAGCUUACUUGAGCGUAGAACAAGUGAAGUGUAACCAGCUGCAGCUUGUGGGCAUCACUGCUAUUCUUUUGGCAACCAGAUUUAUCCCAGGUGCAUCUAUACUAACUAUCCGUCAAGCAUCUUGGGUUACCGACAACACUUAUAGUUACAACCAUGUUGUGCGUACAAUUGGUCACAUUAUGGCAGCCCUCAAGGCAAAUCUUGCUCUUCCUACAAUUCUAGACUAUGCUUCAGUCUUAUUGGCGAGUGUAAAUGCACCUGAAAUUACUCAACAAUGGACUCAGUUUUUGUGUGACUUGGCUACGACUUGCUCCUACCCUCCAAGAAUUACACUGGCACAGAUUGGCAGCUCGUGUGUCCUGCUAGGUUACAUCCUCUCUCGAGCACCAUUACCCAACCUGCCUCUCGUAUCCGGCUUCACACAGUACCAGCUGCUCCAGCCUGCCGCAAUUAUAUAUUGUAAAAAUUUUGACAUUGAUGGCAUAAAAUGCCAGCGGCAGGGAAUUUUAGAUCGGUACAGUUUGGCAUCCAUCACCAAGGAUCAAGUAGGCCUGCUUCCUGUACCACAAUUGGAAGCCUUUUUAUCUAUGUUGUCACUGUCUGAAGCAGACUAUCUGGAAAUGGUGACUCUACCUCCUAGUCUUCACAAUGAUGCGAGCAUUACAAGCAUGGAUGCCGAUACUGGAAGCAGUGGUGUGGUGUGUAGUGAAAGAAUAAAUAGAACGCAACAAUUGCAGCAAAAUGAAAAGCCUCUUCAGGAACAUUUCUGCCAGCAAGAGGAACCAAUUUGUCAAGCACUAAAACAAAGUCUUGUAAGGACCAACAAACACUUUGAUGUGGGCAACAGCGGUGUAUGUGGUAGGGGUAACUGGAACGUUGGUGAGAGAGGUGAAGCAUCUUCCGGUGCUUAUGUCAAGGCUGAUGACAACAGAAUGGACAUCAGUGAUGGGGAAUUACCUCGGGAGCCUUCAAAUGCUGAAUUAUCUCCCCGUAAACAAAAGUUCUCUUCUGGUAUUCACUCUGAUUCUGACGGAGAGAAUAUAUGUUCCGGAUAUUACUCUGUGCAUAAGAAUAGUUCUGGGAGCAUGUCUGCUGCAGUUCAUUCGUAUGAACAGGCAGAUAGUGAUAAGCUAAAACCUGAACACAGACAUUUUGAAUCUCCAGAAGCUAAAGUAAUACCACGUGAGGUGAUGCGCGAGUGUUUGAGUGAAACCACUGAUAGUGAAGAAAAUUCCGACAUUUUACCUGCAGCAUGUGAAGGAGCUGGGACCAAGUAUGCACGAGUUAGUCUUAAAAGAAAACUUGAAAAUGCUUCUGAGAGUGAAAGGUCUGAAAAAUGUUUGCUCUUGGAUGUUGGCAAUUUACAUUUAAGCUAAUUAUAUUAUUUUUAUAUACAAUAUACCAUAUUUUUUUAGUAUUUAUCAUGGACUUUAAGUUUGAAAUAAGGGUCUUCCAGAUAAUUCAUGAAAGUUAAUGAAGUCUUCUUGUUCAGAUGCGUUUUGUAUAUUGUGCCAAAACGUACGAGUUGGAAAGUGGUUUGUUAAAAAUGAAGCACUAUAAUUACCAGUCAGUAUUCUACCUAUCCAGUUACAUUGUGUAUUUGUAUUUUGAUAUAAUAUCUGUACAAGAUGUGCAGCAAUUUGGUGUUGUGUUUUAGAUUGCAGUGUGCAACUUUUCUUAAAGGAUAAGUAUUUAAAAAAUUUCUGCAUUUAUAUGGUUUCAAAAGCUAAAGGUUUUUAGAAUAAUAUUUAUUUGUACAAAAAUACACAGUGGUUAUGUUACAGGGUAAACAUAAAUUAUUAUUUAUUCAAUAUUUUUCUUACAAGGGCACGAAGUAUGUUUUAGAAUAUUUUGUUAUAUUGAGUUAUUAGGCGAUAAUGUAUGAAGUUCUAUCAGUUUAGAGGCUUAGUGAAUUCCUGUAUUUAUGUUGAACAGGCACACAAGCUUCAAAACAAGGGUGAAAAAAAUUGUAACCGAUUGUUCCAAUGUUUGAAUGGCAGGUAGGGCUAGAUGUUAAGGCACAUUUUCUUAUUCUUGAUGCCUCUGUUCACCCAGUAAAUAGGAUCCCAGGAGUUCGGCAGCUGUUGAGGGUUGCAUCUUGGGAAAAAUCAGUCAAUGGAGUAGGGGGCGGCUUUGAUAUACCUAGCAGCUUCCUCUCCCUGGAGAUGCAAACCCUGUUAUAUGAUGGCAAGAUGCUCUCACUCAAUGUUAAGAUUGCUCGGUGAAGUUGUCUUGUAUUCAUUCAACCUCUUGUUACACAUAAAAAAAUUACUGAUAUCAACAAUGUAAUAAAUGACUGCUAUUGGUAUUCUUUUCUCCAAUUUAUUCAAAAUUUUUUAAUUUUCUAGAUAGCUCAAAAUAAUUCUGGCAAUUGUUUGUUAGCACUUGUUAAUUUCUGGGCACCUCAGUAAAUCACUCCCCAUAUUGUGCAGUGAACUGGUAUUUAGGUUGGACUGAGCAGUAGAGACGGCCUUGUUUCUUGGAGGCGCGAUAUUUGAUUCCCAGUGGUCCAAGGGGUUGGGCUUCAUUCCUCCCCUCCCUCCUCAUCCCAGCUCUCCUCGUAUCCCUUCCAUAUGCUGUAUACACAUACUGGCUUGGUGCUUUCUCGUCAUAAUUUCCUUCCUUUCCUUGUCUUGUCUAUCUUUAAGGCACAUUCAAUGUAUGUGUCACACAAUUGCAUAUGCAAUGCAAUUCUAGAACAGCAUAAUUGACAAGUGGAAAUUAUCUUAAAAGUGUAAUACUGUAUUGUGUAUAUAGAUUAUAGGGGGGAUACUAUCAUAAAUUUUAUGCAAGUUUCAACAAUAUAAAUUUUACUGGCAAAAUUUAUUUUAAAAUGAUUUAGUAACAUUGGAAAAGAAUUUUAUUUUGAUGAGGUGAAAACCAUACAAGUGAGGGAUGAGCUUACAACCAGUACGUGUAAGUUAAGGACAAAAUAUUCUGAUCUCGAGGAAAAUGUAAUGUAACAUGAGAUGUUGUUCAAGCAAACUUGCAGCCCAACUUGGCAUGGUAGUAAAACAAUGGUGUCCCAGCAGAGCACUUGAUCCUGUAUUAACUUGGCACAGAGAAAAAUAAACGAUGAGAAACUGUU